AUGACGCAGGGAAUAAUUAAUAAAAAAAAAGCAAUUCAACAAAAGCUGAAAGAGAGGAGUAACAAACCUGUUCCCUCUAAAAAGCCAAAGAACUUUAAAAAACAAAAAACUCUUAGAAAGAACAAGAAAGUGGUUGGUGUUCAACAGAUAGAAAAUCUGCUUUCUGGAGCAGCAGUUUCAGCCAACGAGCAUAUGAAGUACCUUGCAAACAAACUCAAAUGA